CUACAGUCGCGCAUGAGAACACGAGGAAGGAAGCGAGAAGUCUAUAGCCGCGUACAAGAAAGAACACGAGGAAGAAAGCGGGAACUGUUUGAACUGUUAGUAAGGAAAACGUGGCCCGUGCCCAUUUUUUUUUCUCUCUCUCUCUUACACAGACGAAUGUGCAGAAAAGAUAAGGCCAAGUAAACGUUAUCGUAAGUUGAACUGAGUCAGGUGUGGCCAAGUAGUUAGCAUGUUUGGAAAGUGAAUCCGAAGAUCCAUGGUUCGCGACCCGUUACAAAAAAACCAACAAAAAAACGUGAGGCCACUGAUCAAAUCCUACUAUUUGAUCAGAUAAGAGUUUUUGGGGGUGGAUACUGUUGUGCUGAUGUAUAAUAACUGUUAGUAUUCAUUGAAGCAGCAGGUAGCGUCUACACAGCCAUUUUUAGAACCAUGAGUGGCGACAGUGAAUAUCGUGAGAACCAUGAGUGGCGACAUUGAAUGUCGUGAGAACCAUGAGUGGCGACAGUGAAUAUCGUGCUCGGUUGGUUGUCUUAGGAGGUGGUGGGGUCGGAAAGACCGCCAUUGUCAAAAGGUUUCUGUUCAACACUUUUUGCGAAAAACAUCAACCAACAGUUGAGGACCUUCAUUAUCGAGAGUUUGACCUCGGGACCAUGACCUUAAAAGUGGAUUUACUAGACACCGCUGGGGAUCUUCAGUUUCCUGCUAUGAGACGAUUAUCCAUUGCUAAUGCCCAAGCCUUUCUGAUUGUUUACAGUAUCGAAAAGUCAUCCUCUUUUGACACAAUGAAACAAUGUUUCGAAGAGAUUCGUGAACAGCGAGAGGACUUUCAGGAAAUCCCCAUGAUGUUCGUGGGGAAUAAAUCUGAUUUAUCACCAGAAAAUCGCGAAAUCCUCAAAGAAGACGUUGCCGAGUGGAUCUUCUGUGAUCUUCCUCGACUUAGGACCAAACUUAUGGAGUGUUCUGCUAAAGACAACGUAAAUAUAAAAGAGUUGUUUAAAGGAUUUCUUCAGUUAGCCAAAAUCCCACUUCCUUCUGAUACGAGACUUAGACGUCGUUCCAGCGCUCAUGCCUCUGGAGGAAAAUCUAAGCUACUGACUACUCUUAGCCCAAAUAUGGAAACAUUAGAAGGUGCUGAGGGUCAUCGAGCAAAACCACGUAGCCGCAGUUUGAUUCGUCGUAGUAGCAAGAAAGCUUCUGCAAAACUAAAAGAAGAAGCCCCUUAUGAACCCGAUGAUUGUAUGAUGUCUUAAAGGUCCUGGUGGCUUAUGUCUAAACUGACCACCAAAAGAAAUCCUGGAUUGUUUUUCACAGACUAAUGAAAUUCCUUAAAGGUUCUAAUUUAGCUGCAAUGAAACAGAUUAUUAAAAAACAGUACGAAAAAAAAGAUCACACUUACUUGAAUCAUUACGUCACAUGACCAAUAAGCAUUUGAACUGUCACUAAACUGACAAAACUUAAAUUUUGUAAAUUUCGAUAACAACUGUUGAUUACGUACAUUACUGUCGUGUGACCUUUAGUUUGAGUCAAUCAAAAGUCCUUAAAGUUAAAUGUAGUCGGUUUCCGAACUAAAUUCAUCUCGUUAACCCUAACAACUGUUCUUUGUAGUUUGACAUAACUCACUCUUCUGUCGAUGUAACAAAAAUAAUACUUAAAAUUCUGAAGAGUUAUUAAGGACCAAUUGGAAUAUUUAUAGUCGUCAACAGGAACUAGGCCAUAUAUUAGUGCACUAGUCAACUCACCAUAUUACUGAAACCACACUAAUCAGAGUUUUCUUGUAG